AUGACUGACGCCUUCCUCGAGGUGGGUGAGAGGGUUGGGGAGAGGUGGGCGCGGGAGAGGGGAGUUGUGGGUGCGGGGAUAGGGCUGGGGGGUAGUUGGGAAGGGGCUGGGAGAUGGUUAGUCAUGGAGGGGGGUGGGGGUGGGGAUGGGGGAGGGGGGGGGGUGAGGGGGCAUGGAGAACGAAAGAGGGUGUUCCCGCGACGAGAUCGGACGGCUUCCUCGAGGUGCGGGAAAGGGGCGGGGAAGGGGUGGGCGUGGGGGAGGGGAGAUGUGGGGGCAGGGAGAGGGCUGGUGGCUGGGAGUGGGCUAGGAGAGGGGAGAGGGGGGGAACAAGAGGGGAGGGGGAGAGUAGGGAGAGGGGUGGAAGGCAUGGACAAAGAAAUCGGGUGCGUUCGCAACAAGAUUGCAGACGCAUUCCUCGAGGUGCGCCGCGGGAGAGGGGGGGAAGAAGGGGGGGGGGGAGGUGGGAGUGUUGGGUUGGUUGGUGAUGAAAUGUGUGAGGAGGACCAUAUACCAGCAGUAGCAGAUCGCAUGGUGCUGCGCAAGCUGGUUCCAACAGACCGCAUCAUGGUGCUGCGUAAGCUCGCGCAGGACAUGCGCGAGUGGAUACACCGGCGGGUGAGCCAUGGGAUAAGGGGUGAUUGUUAUGGGAUGGUGCCGGUAAGCAAUGGGGGGGCCCGCGAGGAGGGGAGAAGGGGGAUUAGAAAAGACGGAGGGAUAGAGGGUGCUGGCACAGGACAUGCGCGAGUGGCCGGCCUGCGGGAUGUAGGGGCUCUCUCCUCUGCUCUUUGUCACCCCAUUCUUCCCCUAACCCUCCCCCCCUCCCCCUGCACGCCUCUUUCCAACGCCUCUUCCCCACUCCUCUUGCCCACACCACUCCACCACACCUACUCCCCACUCCCUCUCUCCUACCCCUCUCCCCCACGCCUUUCCCCCACGCAUUUCCCUCACCCCUCUCUCCCACCUCUUUCCCCCAUGCAUUUUCCUCACCCCCCUCUCCCCCCCCACCCCUUUCCCCCACGCACUUUGCUCACCCCAUUCCCCCACCCACCCCCUUCCCCCACGCAUUUUUCUCACCCCUCUCCCCCACCUCUUUCCCCCAUGCAUUUUCCUCACCCCCCUCUCCCCCCCCAUCCCUUUCCCCCUCGCAUUUUGCUCACCCCUUUCCCCCACGCAAUUUCCUCACCCCUCUCCCCGUUCAAGAGGAUGCUGAUUUAA